UGGGCACCCAUUGGAACAGAGCACUUUCAUAAGCUCGUGGCCGCAAAAUUUUACGACCAGUGUCGCUUUUUCCGCGUCCUGGACAAUUUUAUGGUGCAAUUUGGCAUUGCCGCGGAUCCGUCCGUGCAGCAAACCUGGAAGCAUGAAAUUUUGAAUGACGACCCGGUACUGGAGACGAAUCGACGAGGAACCAUGACUUACGCCACAUCAGGGAAGAAUACGCGAACGACCCAACUGUUCAUCAAUACGAAUAAAAAAGCAGAGGGAAAUAAGUUUCUUGACAAACAAGGGUUUGCUCCGUUUGCCCAGGUCUUAGAGGGUAUGGAAUUCGUGGACCAGAUCAAUAAGGAAUACGGCGAAAAACCGGUUCAAGGGAAGAUCGUUCGCAAAGGCAACGAGUAUCUGGCUGAAGACUUUCCGAGGCUAUCCUACAUCGUAUCAAUACGAGAAAUCGUGGAGCAGCCAAAGGGCAUGAGAUGA